UCAUUACUUUUAAAAAUCAAACGUCUUGAGUGGUACCAGACCUUGGAGGAGGUGUUCAUUGAAGUUCAGGUGCCGCCAGGCACUCGCGCCCAGGAUAUCCAGUGCGGCCUGCAGAGCCGGCAUGUGGCGCUGGCCGUGGGUGGCCGCGAGAUCCUCAAGGGCAAACUCUUUGACUCUACAAUAGCUGAUGAGGGAACGUGGACUCCGGAGGAUAGAAAAAUGGUCCGUAUUGUUCUUACAAAGACGAAGAGAGAUGCAGCAAAUUGUUGGACUUCUCUUCUAGAAUCUGAUUAUGCAGCUGACCCUUGGGUGCAAGACCAAAUGCAGAGAAAACUUACAUUAGAGAGAUUCCAGAAAGAAAAUCCUGGUUUUGACUUCAGUGGAGCAGAAAUCUCAGGGAACUACACUAAAGGUGGACCAGAUUUCUCGAAUCUUGAGAAAUAACUGUGCCCUUCUUGCUGCAUUUUGUGGAUCCUAGCAGAUGUUGCCAACUUAAUCAGAGGA